AUGGCUGAUAAUUACUCUUCACAAGCUCCUUCAAUACACUUGUGUUUCUUCUUUCUUGUUCUCUUCACGUUUGUAAGUAUUACAUGGUACAUCAACUAUGAGUCUAUAUUUGAAGGCAUUAUGGAUCAGAUGAAGCUUGUUCUCAUGGUAUCACCUUUGGUGCUGCUGCUAGUUGUGCACUUGCUUUCAAGCUUGGAGAAAUCUCUCUUCUUUCUUCCUUUGCCUGAUCAAGAAUCCUUUCACAAAGCUGGUGGAACACCUUGGGGAGUUGGCUUGCUCCUUGUGCUUCUUCUUUUCAUGAUUUCCUACCAGUCUGAUUUUCGCGAACGAUGGUUUCCUCUUUUAGCUUGA